GAAUUUUACACUUCGCAGAAUAAUGGCUUCGGCUACAAAUUCAAAGCACCCGCAAGUUAACGGGGAAGUAACAUCUAAUUCGUUUAAAAAAUAUAAAAUGGACAAUCAAAAUAAAGUGACUGUUGUUUUGGGUGCUCAGUGGGGUGAUGAAGGAAAGGGAAAAGUGGUGGAUUUAUUAGCUGUUAACGCCGACAUCGUGUGCCGCUGCCAGGGCGGCAACAACGCCGGUCAUACUGUCGUGGUGGACGGAAAAGAGUUCGAUUUCCACCUACUUCCUAGCGGCAUUAUCAAUCAGAAAUGUAUUUCCGUUAUCGGUAAGUGUAUUAUUUAUUUCUUUUACCUUGACCCUUAUGUCUGUUAUUGAUUUUACUAUGUAUUUUGUUUUUCCUUCCUACUUGUCUAUCUUCUAAUAUAUAAAAAUUAAUUUUUGUUUAUUCGUAUUUUAUACGCUGCCAUACCUUUCAUCAGAUUGCGGUAAUACUUUGUCAAGUUAUUGCAAUUUAUAUAAUACACUCAGCGGCACGGAAUCUUGGCCAAGCGGUUAUCUCGCGAUAGCAAAAGCUUUAAGUGUUUCUGAUGAAUGUUUGUUAUGCAGGUAUGUCAAAAAAUGUUUGCUCUCAAGUUCAAGAGGGUAAUUCAUUAUGUUUAAGUGCACCAUGACGAAUUCUUUAAUUUUUAGUUGAAUCGGGUCAUUUGAGCGACUAAGUUCACAUUUUAAAUUUGUGUGUUGUGAAAAGUUUACUGUAAGGUUAUUCAAUUAUUGUGCUCUUGUGUCUUAAUUCAAUAACUAAAGGUGCUUUAAAGCCAAUAAAAAUGCCAUUAACACCAGCACAAGUUGCACAAGCAGUAGCAUUAAUUGACCAAGGGCUGACACAGCGUGAAGUUGCUAUUGUGCUUAACGUACCACGGUCCUCAAUGCAGUAUUCACUGAAACGAUACCAGGAGACAGGACGCUACACCCGCAGGCCAGGCAGUGGGGGCGUAAGGUGAACAUCGACCCGGGACGAUCGUUUUAUUGUUAUGGAGAUUUUGAGAAACCGCUACCUGACCGCUGUUGAGAUACGCCAGCGGCUCCAAAUCGCAAGAGGCGUUAAUGUUAGUGAGCGUACGGUGAGAAGACGAAUGGAGGAAGUGAAUUUAAAAUCUCGUAGACCAGCACGAGGUCCAGAACUUCUCAGACAGCACCGAGUAGCCCGACUUCAGUUCGCAAGAGAACAUGUCAAUUGGACCCACGAGCAAUGGGCUAGAGUGUUGUUCACAGAUGAGUGUCGAAUAGCUUUACGUGCUCCAGACGGUCGAGAACGAGUGUGGAGAAAAAGAGGAGAGAGGUUUCUACCCAUUACCACCACCCAAACUGUGAGUUUCCAUGGAGGCUCAAUAAUGGUAUGGGGAGGUGUAAGUUCCGACGCACGUACAGAGUUGGUCAUCGUCGAUAAUCGGCUUACAGCUACUCGAUACAUCGAGGAAGUUCUUCAGGAGCACGUAAUUCCUUAUUCGGGAUUCAUUGGACACGACCAAUUCCUCCUCAUGCACGAUAAUGCACGCCCGCACGUCGCACAUUGUGUAGAGGAAUAUCUGGAAGAGGUUGGAAUACAAAAAUUACAGUGGCCAGCUCGUAGCCCGGACUUAAAUCCAAUUGAGCAUGUAUGGGGUAUGUUCAAAAGAAAGAUAAAGUCCAGCUCCAAACCGCCACAAACUCUAAAUGAGCUCCGAAAUGCAGCGCUGGCCGCUUGGGACAGCAUACCGCAAGUUGAUGUCAGAAACAUCAUUCAAAGCAUGCCAGAUCGAAUGCAAGCGGUUAUCAGGGCUAGGGGAGGAAACACCCGAUAUUAAAACUGAUAGACAAUAAAGAAAUAGACUUAAUUUUUAACUUUGUAGUGUUUUUAAAGUGACAAUGGAAAGAUGUUAAUUUUAGUGAAAACAUGUUAUUUUGAAAAGAAAAAUUUCGGUGAAGUAAACAUUAAAUUUCUACGUUCUAAAACCAUUAGAGACACUUAUUGAAUGCAUCUACCCUUAAUUUACUGUUAAAAAAACGUUUCAGUGCAAAUAAUCAGCAAAUUCACGAGUGGCCAAGUUUCCGUGCCGGUGAGUGUAUAUUAUUACAAUUAAUUUACAGUAGGUGGCGUGCGUAUCACACCGACAAAUUUGAAAGUACCUAAUAUAUCACUCAACUUCAAUAAAUGUAUUACAUUCCUAAUUAAACAAUAUAAGUCUCAUCUUAUAUUUCAUAAAUUAGUUUAGCCCUAUUCUAUGAAACUGUAGAUCUAAAAAUAAAAAUAAAACAAUAUCCACAUAAUUUCUCAAGACGUUGCUUCAAUUUUUCUAUACCUACAUGUCUUUUCACCGGCAUGAGAAGUUAGGUAUCAUUAAGAAAUUAUUUCAUUAUUUAUAGUGCUUUAAAGUAUACUUUGGCUUUUCGUUAAAAGUUUAUUUUUUUUACCAUUCUGAGUAGACGAAAGAAUAUCACAAUCUCAAGGCAAUAACUGAAAUAUUGUCUAAAUAGUUAAAACUUUAUUCCCUAUUUUGCCGUCCUUAGAGGCGUAAUUUUCCAUCCAAAUUUACCUAUAAAGUAAGACCUAUUUAAUG